AUGUCCAUCCCACCGACCCACCGCGCCCUGCGCCAGGAAGUCUACGCCGAACCCCCCACCGUGCAACACAUCCCCACCCCGCAAGUGACGCCGGGGUCGGCGGUGCUGCGUGUGCUCCAGGCCUCGGUCAUCAGCUACACCAAGGACAUCUACAACGGGGUGCGACGGUACCCGUACCCGACGCCGCUGACGCUGGGACAGACGGCGCUGGCGCGGGUGGUGGCGCUGGGACCCGACGCCACGACCCUCCGCGUCGGGGACCUGUGUUUCCUGGACGUGACGAUCCGGGGCCGCGACGACGUCGACCGCGCCGCGGGCGCCACGUUCCUCAGCGCCAUCGCCCAUGGCAACAGCAGCGCAGCGGCCAAGUUGUUCCGCGACGCCUGGCGUGACGGCACCUACGCCGAGUACGUGCGGUGGCCGCUCGAGAACUGCUUCGCGCUCGACGAGGACAAGCUCCUGCAGAAACUCGGCUACCAGCUCGGCAACCUCAUGUUCAUCCCCAAGAUGCUGGUCGCGUACGGCGGGCUGGGCCCGCUGUGCGUGGACCUCAAGCCCGGCGAGACCGUCGUCGUCAGCCCCGCGACGGGCGGCUUCGGCUCCGCCGCGGCGCACCUGUGCCUGGAGCUGGGGGCCGGCCGGGUCAUCUGCAUGGGGCGCAACGAGGAGAUCCUCGCGGACCUGAAAAGCGCCGUCGCGCCGGAAAAGCGCGCGCGGGUCGAGACCGUCCCGCUGACAGGAGACUGGGAGGUCGACCUGAAGGCGCUCCAGGCCCUGGGCGGCGUCGUCGACGUCUUCUUCGACAUCUCCCCGCCCGCGGCCGCCGACUCGAGACACCUCAAGGCCGGGGUCUUCGCCCUCAGGCACGGCGGCAGGAUGUGUCUCAUGGGUGGCGGCAACCAUGACGUCGUCCUGCCGCACGGCGUGCUGAUGCGCAACGACAUCACCGUCAAGGGGAAGUGGAUGUACGAGCCCACGGACGUCAAGCGGCUCAUUGCCCUGGUCGAAUCUGGGGUGGUCAAGCUGCACAGAGACGAGGACAGUGUCAAUCCACUGGGCGCAAGAGUCGUGGCCAAGUUCAAGUUGGAGGAGUGGGAGCAGGCGUUCGAUGCGGCUGAGAAGCAGGGCAGGAGUGGCGGUAUUGUCGUGAUCGAGCCGUGA